AUGGAAUGCCACAAAUUGCAGAGUAAAGCUUUAAAUUGUUCGUUGAUACAAGUAGAAAUUUUUACUCCAAAAUUUGAAACUGAUGGAGACGAAAAUUUCACAUUUAAAUUCUUAUUGAGCAAUUUAAAAGCAAAGUUAAUUAAAAAUUUUAUCCAUCGACAUCUGUUGACGCAUUUAUUCGAUAAAAUGAAAAGUAGUAAAGAACAAGAAUUAAAGUUUAAGCUAACAAUGAAAAAUGAUUUAAGACAAUUGGACAGUGCAAACUCAGAUGAAAGAUUCAUGUUCAAAAUAUUAUGCCUAACAUUCUUAACUGUUCAGGGAAAUUAUCUUAGGAAGAACGUUUUAAAUGUUUCUGAGAAAUAA